GUUUUGUCUAUGAUUUUUAGAAGGUUUCGCGAAGUGGAAAGACGAAGAUUUAUCAAUUUUAUUUUUAAAUUUUAUCAUUUUGUUUAUAGAGAUUUCGUUUUUAUGUUAGUUUUUUUAGACAAUGCAGAUGCAAGAUGAUGUCUGAUCAGUUUAGGAAAGUUGAGCCAUAUUCACCGAAGUCCUCGCCCAGAGGAGCGAGGUCACCAGUCGUCUCACGGCAGGAUUCUUCUGGCACCCUCAAAACUACCAUUUCGCUCGGCAAGAAUCCUUCCAUCGUCCAUAGUGGACCUUUUUAUUUGAUGAAAGAACCUCCAGCGGAAUGUGAACAAACGGGGGCCACAAAUUUGAUGGCGUAUUAUGGCUUGGAGCACUCUUACAGUAAAUUCAAUGGCAAAAAGCUGAAAGAGUCCCUAUCGUCCUUCCUACCGAACCUCCCUGGUAUAAUGGAUGGACCGGGGCAGGAAGACAAUAGUACUCUAGGCUCAGUCAUAGCGAAGAGACCUAUAGGCGGUAAGGAGUUGCUGCCACUAACAAGUGCCCAGCUGGCAGGGUUCAGACUGCACCCAGGGCCCUUGCCGGAACAGUAUCGCUACGUCAGCGCUGCACCGCCCAAGAAACACAAACCCAAUAAACACAAGAAGCAUAAACACAAAGACGGCGCACCACCUGGCCAGGACACCCCUUUACAAGAUUCAUCGAACCCUGACACAUAUGAAAAGAAGCACAAAAAGCAAAAGCGGCACGAUGACGACAAGGAACGCAAGAAGAGAAAAAAGGAGAAAAAAAGAAAAAAGCAGAAACACAGCCCCGAGCAUGGCGGCCUCACACCAAACCAACACCCAAUACCAUAGGAGUUAAGUAUUAAUAUUUUAAGUUAGAAAGUUGUAAGUUCAAAUGCAAUCAAAUGAAAUGACAUGCAUUCAAAGUAAUAGACAAAGUGAGGUGGAGUAAGAUCUCAGACUAAUUACAUAAGGACCUGUCAAGUAUAUGAUCAAUGAUCUAAUGCGAUUAUAAAAACUGUCUCUACAGAAUUGAUGUUUCAUAUUUGUAAUCAUGUUUGUUAGUUAAAAAGCCUUUUUUUGUAGUUGAAUGGUGUCAACAACCUCUAGUUUAGUUUAUCUUAUAGAGUUAUAAUGUGUUCAUUGUUCAUGAAUUUGGGUGCAAUAUUGUAAUCUUAUGUAAUCAGUCUGAGAGUAGGAUACAUGGAAUUAUAUAUUUCUGCUCACGCCUGAAAUAAUACAAUUGGUGCCCAAGCAUUAUUUAGAAGUAUAAAGUGAAGCUCUCAUCCUUGGAAAAUGGUUUUAAAGCAGCAAGGCUCUUAUUUAUCCAUUUGGAACUGAAAUCUAAUACUCAUUUUCCUAAAUAAAAAGCACCAACACAAUUUUUAUUGUUCCUGUAAAAAUAAAUUAUGAUUUUUAUGUUUUGUGGUAUAUUUAAUUAAGCAAUUUUAGUUCUAAUUUGUUAUAAUAAUUAAGUAUUUUUGUCUAUUUUUAAUAAUCUACAUAGUUAGCCUUGGGCUUGAAAAUGAAAUUAUAUAAACAUAAAUUUAUGAAAUUGGGUAAUUUUAUCUGAUUAUGCUGUAUUUUGUUCCAAUUCGAAAAUAAAAUUUAUUUUCAUAAUAAUUAUUUUUCACAAUUUUACAUACUCUACUUACUCACUUACUCACACCAAACUUUAUAGGAAUGUAGCCAAAUUGGGCCCAAAGAAAUAUCUACAUUGUCAUAUUUCUUUUGGUUCAGAAUUUUCUCUGCCACACAAUGAAUCCAUGGCACGGCGAAUUCAUGUUGUUAAAGAAAUACAUCUCUUGAGAGUAUCUCAAUAUAAUUUUGUAAAACUGUUGUAGUUGUAUAAACCUUGUCCAUUAUAAUUAUUUUUUACAUUUUGUUCCUGCUUAUUUGUCAUAUCACAAAACAAUCCAUUUAUUAUGAAAUUAGCAAAUACAUAAUAAUACAACUAGCUAGUGUGUCCAUAAUGUCAAUAAUUUUGUUUUAUAUUUCAUAGUUCAUAGUUUCAAGUAUUAAGGGGUAUAAUUAUGCUUUGGAAUUAGAUAAUAUUUAUUUUCGUAAACAAUGAGAACCUUUUCACCUGACGACUUCUAAACUUGAACAUUGUAAUAUUUAUUUUUACAGUUUCAAAUGACAUUGUACUCGACAAUUGCUGUCUUAGUUCUACUUGUGUGCGCCUCACAUUCAAAGCCUCUAAAAGUCGUGUCAAAGGCUCUUUUGUGCCUAUAGACCGAGAGCAUGCGAUGGCAUUCUUUUUUUUCGUUUCACAAUAUGGUUUUGCAAUACAUUUAUUUAGCCAGUCAUCAAGUAAUCAUUUUUAACAAAUAUUUUUUCCUAUUAUGGCGAAAGUGGUCAAAUAUCUGGUUUUUUGAAGAGCGUGAUGUAGUGCGCGUGUAAGCACGUAUGCUGAAACGAUCGUAUACGCGCAAAAAUCUGAAAAACCCUUACUAAAACUUUUUAUAGUGCACUCUGCACUGAGAAAAUGGAAUUAAUCACUCUUGAUCAAACUCCACUUCACUUGUGCACCUACUAGAACUAUAUUAAAUUCCAUUGAACCCCGCACCCAAGUCCAGCACAUUGGGACCCAACGACCAUCGGCUCUUCGAACUACUCGUAUGUGCUUUGCCCAUGGACAUUCAAGUAUUUUUUUUUAAUUUUUGAAGCCUUAGAGCACUUGUAGAACAUGAAUCGACGUGCCACCAUGGUAAGUGAUGAUGCAAUCUAAGAUGGAAGCGAGCUAACUUGUUAGGAGGAUGAAAAUCCACACCUCUUUCGGUUUCUACCCAACAUACAAUACAAGCUUGGCGGUACGUCUUUACAUGUAAACGAUGGCAGCGCACAAUGUUCAGAAACGUCAUAUACAGAUAUACAUCCAACUAUACACAGCUUAUUGGCAUAAAUUUUCAGAUAUCCAUUGAGAUCGUACUCUAAAAUUGAAUAAGUAUCUAAUUGCAUUUCUUAAAUUCGUAUUGUUCUACAAUUUUGUAUCUAUAUCAUAGGCACUGCUUUUUACCCGACUGCAAGAACCCAAGUGUUAAAAAAAAAUAACAAGUCGGGACCUUAGACAUUGGAUAAAUGUCUAAGGUCCCGACUUGUUAUUUUUUUUUUAAUUUCACCUAUCUAAGAACACUUGGGUUAUUGAGAAAAAUCUAACGAUAUUCUUAUUACGUAAAUCCGUUCAGAAUGAUUUUCUUCUAUAUUAUUUAAUAGGUCCCGACUGAUUUCUAAUUGCUUUCUACACUUCUGGACUGACCUUGUUUUUUUCUUUUCACUUAUUUAAUACUUUAUGCAGUCGGGUUUUUUUUUAUUAGUUUAAAUAAUUUAUUUAUUGUUAAUUUCUUUGUACCUAUAAAAUAAUCUUCUCCACUAAUUUAAUAAAUCAAAAAUGUAUUCAUUAAAUUAUCUAUUUGUUGAAGUCGUGAAUGUACUGAUUAAUGAUUUAAAGUAUAUUCAUACGUUGGUUCACAUCGCUCCAGUAUUUCUGUGUAAUCUGAUAAGAGAUAAACAUUAAGUAUAAUUCAGCGUGGCUCACUCACUGUUUUGUGUUCACAUCCGUUUUGUUAUAUCCUGUUUAUUGUAUUCGACAUACGAGUUACCUAUGGUUCUUAUCGCUAAUAUGAUAUUACUUUGUAUAUUAACUGUUACUCAUUCAUCCUCAUCAUUUGUCACCAUAUAAAGACCUCUCUCAAUGUUCUUAAUGGUUUUAAGGUACCUACUGAUAAUUUUGGCAGUUUUAGUAGAAAGUACUUUAUAUUACGAAAUAUAUGUAUUUUAAGUUGUAAUGUAGCAUAUAACAUGCACCGCCAACCCUUGGCAAUGUAAAUAUUAAAUCAAGAUACAAAAUAAAAAUUUUGAUAGAACGGUUAA